GUAGAGGAGGAGGGUUUGCGUUGGUGUACUGGUUGGCAGAGAGCGUGCGUCAAAAAAAAAAAAAACGUCCUCUGACAGAAGGCAUGAUUCACAGCCGAGCAAGAGAAGGGGAGGAGAGGAAUACAAGCUAGAGAAAGAGAAAAUGACAAAAAUCAAGAUGUGAGAUGCAUCAAGAGGCACGUCACAGGCACCAUUCUGAUGGACGACUUAACUCAACAAACAGAGCAAGAAUGAGAUGAAGCUUUGACAGCAUUCAGUCUUCCAUCCAAUGUGCUCUGUGCCUGCCUUCUUAACACUUUGGUGGAUUAAAACAAAACUGACUUCCAAGCACGCGGCCAUAGCGGGACAAAAAAAAAACCACAAACCCAUAGUUGAAGAAACAUUCGAGAGAAAUAACAUGUUCUGGACAAAGAAAAUGGACUUGUUUGGUUUACAUUUAUAUGUUAUCCAAAGUCAUUUGUUGACUGGGGACUCAGUUUCUACACUUCUUUCAGACAUGUUUCAAGUCAUGGGAAUAUUAAGUGACCUUUUUGAGCAACGGAAUUGUUUAAAAGCUAAGACUCUUUAAUAAAGUUCUCACUAAUAAGCAGGGAACAGCAGGAUUCGUCACUGAACCUUUAAAUUCUGGUGCAGCCGAGCUGCCUAUUGUGCAUAUAGUAAUCCAUAUCAAUAUUUGUCAGAUCAAGUUAAACUAAAGACUUCACAAUUGACCCUUCAAACGACCCCCGUUUCUCCCAUCGCCCCUUCCCACCGUCUACCUACCGACAAAACAUGGGCAAACCGCUUAGCCGCCCAGGCUGUUUCAAGAAGAGCUCAUGUUGCUUGGAGAAACAUGCAGUUGGAGAAAGAGGAGUGAGAGGUCGAGACGUGAUGAUGGAAGGGGGAUAUGGUGAUGGCUAUGUGCCGCAACGCUCGAUCUAUGACACGAUGUGCAUCAAUCAACAAAUUGACAGCCACCACCAUCAUCAUCACCACCACCACCCUGGUGCAUCCACACGAAGAGACGGUGGAGUUGAAGGGGGGUUGAGCUACUCAGCUAGUGGCUCCCUUAGGGUUAGCAGGUCCCCAGCUGAAAUGUUUGACUCUCACCCUUGCUCUCUAACUCCAAACCCAUCAUUUGUCCGCCGACUUGAUGAACGAGCCAUCUAUGAUUCAUUGAAACUCGGAGUCCAAGACACUGACGGUGGUGCCUGCCCUUCGCCGGGACAUUUCAAUCGAUCCGUUUCUCCAGCUGUGUCCUCUUUCUCAGCGCCAGGAAUGUCUUCAUCAUCCAAGAAGCACCACCAACAUUAUCACCCUCAUCAUGGUGACAGUACAAAGAGUAGAGAUGGCCGUCACUCCUGGAAAGUUCUCACACCUCCAAAACACCUAGAAUGUUUGGACAUCUCUACGAAUGAAAUGAUGGCCCAAGGAAGUGGAUGUUUAAACCCAGGACACUAUUCUCACCCAGGAGGGCCGUCUUCUUCUCUUACAUCUCCUCUUAUAUCCCCCUUCUCUGGCUCUCCUCUCUCAUCUGGCUACCAUACACCGGUGUUCUUCUCACCUGCCAAACCUCGCCCUAGUCAAUCUCAAAGUCUGCGAUGUUCACCUCCCCACAUGAUUCAACCGAGGCAUUACUCCCAAAGCCAGAGCCUAAGGAUGUCACCACCCCAUGAACUCAGACGUUCCCCUUACCGAGCACCGUUGGUUCAACUUUCUGCUCAUGACCUUGAGCAGGACCUUAGGGAGCAAGGUGGAUGGGGCUGUGGUGAGAGAGAGCGAGAAUGGGAAAGGGAGCGAGAGAGGGAGAUGGAGAGAGGAUGGGCACAACGGGAGUGGGAAAGAGAAAGGGAAAGAGGGAGAUUAGAAAGAGAAAGAGCGAGAGAAAGAGAGAGGAAGGAAACAAGUUUUGGGACAUUUGGAUAUGGUCGACAGGUACCUCUGCGUUCAGAAAGAGACUCUGUCUUUUUAGAACCUGAGCAGGUCUUAGACACAACCCCUCUUUUACUUCCCCAGCCUUCACCGUCACCUUCACCAAAUGCUGCACCAAGAAUGGGCACUGGUGCAGUGGGUAGAAAUAGAGCCGGUUCAAAAGUUGGCUCAGAUUCUAUUGGUGGGGCUAUGGUUUCUAAAGUUGACAAUGGGAACAUGGGUUUAGGAAUAGGUGACAGCAAACCUAGUUGUGGAUCAAGGUUAGUCAGUGGAAGUGGAAGCAUGGUUGAAUCUGACGUCGUAACUGGGAUACAUGGAAAAAAUAGAUUUGGAAGUUCGAGUAAAUAUGAAAAUGAUGCCAGAGCCAGUAUUAAAAGUGGCUCCGAAAAAAGAAUGGGCUCACAGGUGAAAACAAGAGUGGGAGGGAGGGAUUUAGAAGGAAAAGUGGAAUCUGGAAUGCAGGUACAAAAUAUGUCAAAAGCUGUAAACAGAGAGGGCUCAAGGGGAGGAACAAGGGGUGGAGAAAGAUCUGGAAGAAGUCUUGCUCAACCAGAAACCACAGCUGGUGCUACCACAUCGACUUUGUAUAUUGUAGACAAUCAAGUUGUUGUUGGAGAUAAAAUUGAUGAUGGGACUGUAUGUGAUUUUAGAAUGACGGCGGACAUUGACGCAGGGCCUGAAAUGAAAGAUAGUACAAAUCCGUUAGAGAAUACAACAGAAACAAAGCUGAACUUAGCACCAGAUGCUGCAGUAGAAGCUAAAAUUGAAAAAGAAGUCAUUCUAGUUUCUUCGCAAGAGGCAGUACUUGAAGUGGAGUUGGACAAGGAAAUAGAGAGCAAAAUUAAAAUUGAGACCGCCAAUAAUGAAAAUAACAACAUCACUGGUAAGAAUCAGGUAACUGAAGAGGCUGUGGAGAAAACAGAAACUCCUUCUCCAGAACAAGUUAAAAAACAACCUACUGACAUCGAAAAAGUUUCAUCGAGCCACGUUGGAAAAGGAUCCAAAAGCCAGAAAUCCAAAUCAUCCAAGUCCAGUGGCAGGUCUCGCCCUGGGACAGCCACAGGGCUGAGACCUGGGGUGCUUAGCCCACGACUUAGAAAAGGUCUUGCAGAUCUGGAAUCAACAGGCCCUGCUGAAGGCAUCGAAUCCACCUGGCCUCGUCGGAUUAUGGUGAGAAAGAGAACUGUUCGGCAAGGUGGUGCAAUUCAUAAUCUCCCUAUCCUUCCACCACUGCCAUCAGUAAUCUCUGCCUUAGAGAAGCGCCGCCCACAUUCCCACCUCCAUUUCCGUCCAGGCCAUCACUCAGAGAACCCGCUUUCGACAGAUCUUACCAUAUUCACGGGCCGGUGCUCACUAAAAGAGCCUUUACAUCAAGAACAAGUACAAGGAGCCGGUUUAGUGGGCAGAGCGUCCCUGAAAGAACAGAACCUGGAGCACUGGAGGGUCUACAGGGACCAAGAAGAAAGUCGAAAAUGUAAAUCCAGGGAAAGGCAGGGCGAUAAUGAUGAACAAGGAGGAAAUGAAAAUGAAAUGAGCCAUGGUAAAACGAAGGGGAAUGCUGUAAAACCUGCAGUUGGGAAGCAACUGGUGGAAGAAAUCCAACAAGAUGAGAUCAAAGCAAGAUCAGAAGAAAAUGUUCAAGAGACUGCAAACAAUAUCAAACAAGUAUUAGAAGAGAAAAUGGAAAAUAUUAAGGAUGUAAAACAAGAACGACAGUUGAACACAGUGGAGGUUUUGGUAGCAAAGAAUGAAGAAGAAUGUGUUGAAGAAGGAGGACGUGGAGGAUAUUCUGGAGAAGGGCAUGAGAUAGAAGGUUGGGAUUCAGUACUUCAGAUGGUCAACACAAUAUGGGAUGACGGCUGGGAGAAAGGGGGAGCAGCAGGAGAUGAUACAGAAUCCUUAUCAGGUUCUCUUCAACGUUGGCCUCUCCUUCGGCCCCCGAUAGGCUUUGGAGGCUCACAUCCCCCUUCCUCUGCAGCCUCUGAGCUCAGCUUGACAGAGUUAGAGAGGAGAGCGAGAGAGCUGGAUUCUGAUUUGGAGCACCUCGAUCUGUCUCAGAGCCACGGGGACACCCAGGAUUUAUACCAGACACCACUGGAGUCUCAAAACGAGCGAGCUGACAUGUACCAAACACACCCCAGACCACAGAGAGAGAAAGGGUCUGUCUUGACAGGAGUGGGGAGCAGGUCGCAGGUCAAUCUUGAGUUCAGCUCCAUGGUAUUACCAGUUACUGACAUAGACAAAGACACUGUUGAGUGGUCAUCAGAAUCUACUGCUGGGACCUCCACUGUGGGCAUCAGCCCCAAUAAAGAGGACAGCUCUCCAGACUCCAACCUAACACUGGUAUCUGACUCCAGUGGCAUCUUUCUCUCAUCAUCCAAUCAGAGCCAGGAAGGGGCUGGCUCAGACAGCGACCAGCCAAUCAGUGGCUCUGACCUAGGCAGCAGCAACACGUCCUUGGAGAAGGAUGGAGACGAUGGAGGUUUAAAAGAAUGGGGCAGGGAGGAGUCUGCUGAACUUCAGUGGUGCUACCCCUCACUGCUCAGCACCACAUCUCAUGAAGACAUAGAAGGAAAUGUAGAAAGAGAAGAGGAUAUUUAUCCCUCAGAAGGGAGUAAUGAUGUAAAAAGCACAAAUGAAAAGGAAGGAGGACAGUUUUCAACUUUUAAAUCUUCAUCGGACCAUAUGGAAACAAGUCAGUCUGAAGCAAUGCGACCGAGAAGAAAAGUUACCAUAAUGGCGAAUGAUCCCCUCUUUCCGCCAUCUCCUAUGAAGCAGACAAUCAAACAUCUCAUUGAUCCAUAUCAUAAGCCAAUUAGGAGCUCAGGACUGGACUGUGGUGACAUUGAUCCAUUUGCUCAACCAGAUAGUUUUGUUUAUCUUGCUGUAUCUCCAAGACAAGGGGAGAUCUCCGCAGUUCCGGAUUACUCCACUCAAGACAUAAAGCAAGAGAGUAUGCACCACCACUUUGACCCCAGAAAAACACACUUGGAGCAGUCCAACAUGGAACCUGAUGCUAGGCCAUCUCACCUUGCCCAACGUAAACCAGAAGAAGGAGACUUUUUGUGCACGGAUAGCUUUGUGUACCUCGCUGCUCCAGCUUGCCUACUCCUAGGUCCUGAAGGAUCAACAUCAUACAGCGGCAGGGAGUCAGACUCAGAAAGUUCUGGUUCUGAACCUGUUGACGAGUCUGUAUUGGGCUGUGGUUCAGUGGCAGGUGACAGUGACUGGGACUCAGACCUUUCUGACUCGGGUCUCAGUCGCCCCUCAAGAGUUGCUACCACCGGAGCUAAAUCUUCUGGAUUAGCGCGACCUAAAAGACACCCAGUAGAACAGCGUUGGGGCUCAUUUGGAGGAACCACAGAACCUGAGGUCCAGGAUGAGUCCAUUGUUGAAAAAGACCAAAAUAGUAACGCGAGAACGGUUCCUGCCGAGACGGCAGACUUGGCCAAUCAACCUGCUGCAACUACAGUGACGCCAACGACCACAACUGAGCAGUCGUCAACAAGCAAGAAAGUGACCUGGCAGUUUAAACCAGCCCAGAGAUCUGUCUGCACUGGAAGCAGGAAAGAGAAGGACAAAGAAAUUACAUCAUUGCCAGAGGCUAGAGUGACUGAACAUGGUGGAGGUGCGGAGCGUCAUCCCCCCCGUUCAUCUUCAUCAUCUUUAUCAUCAUCCCCAUCAUCCUCCUCUUCUGGUUGAGCUUUCACCUCCGAAGCUGAGUUGGUUCCAGUAAGGUAGAGAUGUUCUUCAACCCUUUCUGUCGAACCUGACAGUUUGAACAAUUUUUUUGUUUUUAUAUGUCGUAAUCUUGUAAUCUUGCAUCUCGCUUUUGCUAUUGCCUUCUUACAACCUUGCUACAUUCAGCUGCAGAAACGCUAAUCAAAUGAGAUUAGCAUACAUUAUGUAAUAAGUGUUAAUCAAGAGACGAUUUCAGAUUGUGAGGAAAUAGAGCCACUGAAGGUUUAUACUGUAAAAUAUUCAGAUUGAUAUUUAAAUUGAAUGACACGAUUAAUGUAUUUACAAACCACAGGUUUGCCCUAUUACUAGCCUUGCAAGCCAGCCUGACUUUUGGCAUGUGAGAUACAUGACAAGUCAGUCUGGUCUUCUGUGUUUUGGGCUGGAUUUUAAAAUGGAUGCUAAAUGUGCGUGGGGCUAAUAAGCACAGACGAAUCUGACAGAACCAAUCGCAGAAGCACGGAUUUGACGUAAACGCAAUGCAACUCAUGCUGUCGGUUGUAGUCAAUUUGUAGCUUACAAUCCUGGCAUGCAGUCGGAUAAAAUGAGUGCACUGGUGAAUGAUAACAGUCGUCUGUUGGAAAAUUCUUAAGAGUCCAUGGUGUAUUGCAGUGGGGAGAACUUUUGGGCACCUCCCGUUACGAUACGAUUUGCAACACAAGGCUCAAGUAAAUGAUCGAAUAUCAAUAUGGGGAUACAAUAAUUAUCGAUACAUGGGUAAGAAUAUCAAUUUACAAUAUCCUAUGAUUUGACUAUUUUAAAGAGAAAAACAACCUCUUUCUAGAUGGAAAAUUAAACGUUUAUCUUUGCACUGUCCCAAACAAGCCAUCAGAAAACGUUGUCUUCUUCACAGACUAUGUGAAUAAUUCAGCACAACAUUUCUGUGAAUAUAUACAGCAACACUAUAAUAUUGCAACGUUCUUGAAAAGGAGUAAGUGUGUUUGUUAACUCAUUGCCUAUGAUUGACAAUGAAAGACGUGCAAUUCAUUUAAAAUGGGAGAACUUGCUUUGAAUGCUCAUUUGUGCGAUGGCGUACCGCAAGCAACACGUCAGCUUUUGCUCAUUAGCAAUUGUGACUAGGCGGGUCGACCUCCCGUUUGUCCCCAAUAGUAAAUGAAUGGCAAUAGUGUACGAACGAGAUAUUUACUGAGCUAAAUCUGCCAAUUCUGUCUGAAAAUGAUAUCCCUGGUGCCAAAUUCACUGGUAAAGAUGUGGAAGAACAUACAAAUGUUCAGUUAAAGAGAUGGCUUGAGUGUAGAGGGCUGAAAAAGACGGGGGAAAAAGCGGAGCAGACCUAAGCUUAGCCCUAGCUUUUUUAUCGACACCUUUUUCUUACGCCACUGACAAUGACAUUUUCCGGUAUCAACAAUCUAUCAUUUAACACCAUAAGCCCUAUCUUUCUUAUAUAUUAUAUCCUCUGGUUGUCUUACGUCUCUGACCGUUUUUGGGGGCAAUUUACAUUGUUAUUUUUGUGUAGCAAUUGCGAAUGCUACUUUAAAUUUUUUCAUUAAUAACAAUUCUUAAUUCUAGAAUUUAUUUACACUUUCUCCUUACUAAAGUUGUAUUUUUUUCAACAGAAAAGGUAACAGUGGCAGUCAGAUACAAUUUUAUUUUAUUUAUUUUUUCCAGGUCAUUCAUUGUCAGACAGAAGCAGCACGGCAAAACGCCACACUAAAAAUUAAGCAAAAAUAUUAAAAUAACUUACCGCUGUGUCCUCUGAAGGACCAUGGCCCCCGACAACAUGUUUACUGCAUAUGAAAUGUGAAUGGCUUCAUCUUGCUUGCGUUAAACUGGUCUUUUGGACAUCAGCACAAGUUGAUCUUUACAGUUUUUGGUUUUGGGAAAUGUAUGAAAAAAACAUCCUUCAUAUGUCGUAAUGUCUAAAGUCGUUUCUUCAAGUUCCAUAACAGCAGUGUUUGAUCGGCACGUUUUUUUUUUUUUUUUUAAAGAUUACUGGAGAAAACAAGCAGAAAAAACAUGGUUUGUAUGCAAGGGCGUGUCUAUGUUGACCCACUUCCGUGUUACGAUGGUGACAUCACGGUCUAAAAAAGGCAUUCGUGCGGUAUGCCAUUGACAGUGAUAGACAUCUGAUUUGUUUUGACUGGGAGGGGCCGAAAGAACGAAUGUCGUCAAUGGCAUCCCAAUAAAUUAACAGAGACACUACUCUAGUGGGAAUUUUUUUAACUAGUGGGUAGCAACCUGAUGUAACCUUCAUUAGACAAUGACAUCUUUUUAAAAUGAUACAUCGAUUAUUGGCGGGAAAAUGUCGAUAACCUAUUGGGAUACAAAGUAUCGUGAUAUAUGACCAUAUCGAUGUAUUGUCACACCCCAAUCCAUGACGCGUCACCAAGUCCCGCUUCGUGUGCUGUGAUUUGUCUGUCAAGAAUGGACCGCAGUGAAAAUCCAAUUGAUACCACAGUUGACCAGCCUGACUUGUCAUGUUAUGUUGUACAUGGCCAAAAUCAGGCUUUCUUGCCAGGCUAGCCUAAUGCUGUGCACCCAUUUUUAAAGAUGUUCUUUUUUAAAUGUUGAAUGUACUGCGCAUACACUCCGAAACAAUACACAGUAACAAAAUCAAUAUUAGUGUUGCACCAGUACCAUUACUCGGUUACCGAUACCGAUUCCAAAUUGUUUGUUAUCGGUUAAUACUGUACCAAUACCACGUUUUCUGAAUGAAUACACAAAAAAAUAUCAAAUUAAAUUUUAAUACUAAAUUUCUGCAUACUCACUUGUAAAGUAAUUGCACCAUGGCUUAGUCAGACACUGCCUAACUCAUUGGCUGCCAUUGACAGCACUAGACAUCCAAUCCAUUUAAAGUGGGAGAGUUGGCAAAUGAACAAACAUUCAUACGCUGCCAACCCUCCCACUUCAAAUGGAUCAGUGGUCUACCAUUGAUAAUGUCAUUUCAAUUCACAGCAGAAUUUGAUUCUAUGGCAUUUGAUUUCUCUUUACGGCGGUGUGCAUAGCUGCGGUCAUCUCGGAUAAAGCGACCGAAGGUUGGAAACCAGCUGUCAGUAGGUAUUGCGCAGACCCAGCAAAUGAUUUCUUAUCAUUCCCCGAUACUGAAGACAUAAUUUGAGUGCAAUUCCAUGCAACACUAAAUAUCAUAUACACAAUGUAAUAAUUCGGCAUGAUCCUUCACCAUUAAUGGCUGCCCUUGACGUUGAUAGACAUUAAAUCCAUUUAAGUGGGAGGGUUUGCUGCAAAUGAACGAACAUUCAUUCGCUGUUACCCUCCAAACUCAAAUGGAUCGGACAUCUACUCGUGAUAAACUCAUUUCAAUUGACAGCAGAGUUAUGAAUGGACGUCUAUCAUCGUCGAACGCAGAACAAGAGUUAUUGAAUUGUAUGCGGGAAAGCUGUUAUUGUGUUUCUUUUCCAAACUUGAACUUCUCUGGAUGUAUUUUACAGACAUACCUUUAAAAAAUGAAUGAGGUCAAGCGAAAGUGUAUUUUUAAAACACAUUUACCAUUGCAGUGUGUGUAAAAUCGUGUGACCAAUAUAUUUUCAACAAUGAGAUAAGAGCGAUGUAUUCUAUAUUGUAUUGAUAAAUAUGCAGACAGGGAAAAUACUGGAAGGAUUUAUGAUUAUUUAUUUUAAAUGUUUUGAUCAGAAUUCAAAAAUGUGAACAUGAUUAGAUUGAGCAAUAUGGUUGCAGAUCAAUGCUUUAUUCUUAGUGAAAUGUGUUUCUUUUAUUUGUGUAAUAUACUGUAGUUCAUGAUUUUUUUUUCCUAGAGAGGCAGACACUAUGAAGAAUGCAGUUUUGCCUUCCAGUAGAAGUAUUAUUAUUACUUCCAGAGGUAAUGUAUGAACUAGAUGAUGCCUAAAAUUGAGUUUGUUUUAAAACAAUGCUAUUUGUAAUAGAGCUUUUCAAACCUUAUUAUCCAUAUUAUAAAGUUACAUUGAAUGUAGUUUUUGGAAAGUUAUGCCUUUCACAAUAAUAUGACAGCAUUAACUGAAUAGGAUUAUUCUAACAUGAAUGUUCUAAGAUUAAUUAAAUAAAAUGUGUUUUUUCUCCUUGGAAAUGAGACUUGUAAUGGUCAAAUGUCACCUGCAAAGAGUAACCAAAUGUGUUAUCUGACUCUGACAGAAUAUGGUGAUUUGCUUUUCCCUUGGUCGAAUGAACUUACUUUGUUGGUCUCAAGAGCAAAGUUUAACUUACUGACUAGUGACUACUAUUGACGGCGCUCAACGUCCAAUCCAUUUUGACAGGGAGGCCCGACACCACUCCUCCCAGUUAAAAUUAAUUGAAUGUCUAAUGUCUAUCGUAUUGACAGUGGCACCCGAUGAGUAAAAUAAGAUAAGAAGACCUUUAUUGAUCCCACCAUGGGGAAAUUCUCGGUGUUACAGCAGCAAAGAUAUAGGUAGCUCAGAGGACGGAGUGUUGUGGCCGUUAAUGUAUAACAUUAGCAGUCAACAUUCGAAAACACAUUAAUAGUCUGUACAUAGUACAGAGGGAAAAAAUAGGUGGCAGUGCAAAUAUAAAGUACAGAAUUGGAAGCAAUAAAAAAAUACUGUAGUGGAAUGUUAGAUAUUGCACAGUAUAAUCACAAGUGCUGAACGGUACAAUUGCACCAAUGACCGGCAGUUUGUAGAGACUAUCUAGUGUUCUUAUUAAACAGCCUGAUAGCGGCCGGCAGGAAGGAGCGGCGGAAUCUCUCCUUUGCACAGCGAGGGUGUAAAAGUCUAUUACUAAAGGAGCUGUGGAGUGCUGUAAGGGUGCCCCGGAGGGGGUGGGACGGGUCGUGCAGCAUUGAUGACAGCUUUGCCAUCAUCCUCCUGUCCCCCACUGAGUCCACUGAGUCCAGGGAGCAGCCCAGAACAGUGCCGGCCAUCCUCACCAGUUUGUCCAGCCUCUUUUUGUCCCGGGCCGAGACGCCGCCUGCCCAGGAGGCCACUCCAUGGAAUAUGACCGAUGCAACCACCGAGUCAUAAAAGUUCCUGAGACAUUUAAAAGAAGGGCAUUUUUGGGAGGCAUAACCAGAGUACAUUUCUGUUUUCAUUACUUUUAAUUUCAUUAAUUUAGUUUUAUUAACAUUGUUAUUGACGUAACGUAGCAUAGCGCAACGUACCGUAAAGUAACGUAACGUAAUGUAAGGUGAUGUAAAGUAA